AUGAGCAACAAUUUGCUGUGCAACUGCUUCCAAGGCAAUUCGCCGAAGCUGUUGAUGGAUGGAAUGGCCAGCUUCCUGCGGGCUGCCCGUUCGGGUAACCUGGACAAGGUGCUGGAGUACCUGAAGGGCAGCAUUGACAUCAACACCUGCAAUGCAAAUGGCCUCAAUGCACUGCACCUGGCCGCCAAGGAGGGACAUGUGGCCGUCGUCUCGGAGCUGCUCAGACGAGGCGCCAAUGUCAAUGCCGCCACCAAGAAAGGAAACACCGCCUUGCACAUUGCGGCACUGGCCGGCCAGGAAGAGGUGGUCCGCAUUCUGAUUGCCAAUGGCGCCAGUGUGAACGUCCAGUCGGUGCACGGCUUCUCUGCGCUGUACAUGGCCGCCCAGGAGAACCACGACACCGUUGUACGGCUUCUGCUGGCCAACGGCGCCAAUCAGUCGCUUGCCACCUCGGAUGGAUUCACGCCGCUUGCCGUCGCUCUGCAGCAAGGCCAUGACCGAGUGGUGGCCGUUCUGCUGGAGAACGACACCAAGGGCAAGGUCCGUCUGCCGGCGUUACACGUGGCGGCAAAGAAGGAUGACUGCAAGGCGGCCACUCUGCUGCUGCAGAAUGAUCACAAUCCCGAUGUGACUUCAAAGUCAAACUUUACCCCGCUGCACAUUGCUGCACAUUACGGCAAUGAGAACAUCGCCGCGCUGUUGCUGGAGAAGAACGCCGACGUGAACUUUGCGGCGAAGCACCAGAUCACCCCACUGCACGUCGCCUCCAAGUGGGGCAAGGUGAACAUGGUCUCGCUGCUGCUCGACUACAAGGCCAAGAUCGACUCGGCCACGCAGGACGGCCUGACGCCGCUGCACUGCGCCUCGCGCUCAGGUCACAAGUCAGUGGUGGAGUUGCUCAUCGAACGAGGGGCGCCCAUUUCACCCAAAACCAAGAACGGUCUCUCCCCUCUGCACAUGUCAGCGCAGGGCGAUCACGUGGAGUGCGCUCGCAUUCUGCUGGUGCACAAGGCCCCUGUGGACGACAUCACCGUGGACUACCUGACGCCGCUGCACGUCGCCAGUCACUGCGGCCACGUUCGCGUGGCCAAGCUGCUGCUGGACCGGAAGGCAGAGCCGAACGCCCGCGCCCUGAACGGCUUCAGUCCGCUGCACAUUGCCUGCAAGAAGAACCGCAUCAAGGUGGUGGAGCUGCUGCUGAAGUACGGCGCCUCGAUUGAGUCGACGACGGAGAGUGGGCUCACACCGCUCCACGUCAGCGCCUUCAUGGGCUGCCACGGUAUCGUCAUUUACCUCAUUCAGCACAUGGCCAAUCCUGAUGUGCAGACGAUCAGAGGGGAGACGCCGCUGCACCUGGCUGCCAGGGCCAAUCAGACCGACAUUAUUCGCAUUCUCAUUCGAAAUGGCGCCCAGGUGGACGCCAAGGCGAGAGAAAUGCAAACGGCACUGCACAUCGCCAGUCGUCUCGGCAACACCGACAUCGUCGCCCUUCUCCUGCAGCAGGGAGCCGCAGUAGAUGCGGCCACCAAGGACCAGUACACAUCGCUGCACAUUGCAACUAAGGACGGUCAGGAGGAGGUGGCAGCUAUUCUACUCGAUCACGGCGCUUCGCUGACAGCUGUUACUAAGAAGGGCUUUGGUCCACUUCAUCUGGCAGCCAAGUACGGCAACAUCAAGGUGGCUCGUCUGUUGAUCAGCCGAAAGGCGCCCGUUGAUGCUCAGGGAAAGAACAAUGUCACUCCGCUCCACUGCGCCGUACACUACGACCAUGUAAACAUUGCCCUGCUGUUGCUCGAAGAAGGCGCUUCGCCGCACGCCGUCGCCAAAAAUGGCUAUUCACCUCUUCACAUUGCGGCUCGCAAAAAUCAAAUGGACAUUGCUACGACAUUGCUGGAGUACACCGCUGAUCCGAAUGCACAGUCAAAGGCUGGCUUCUCUCCACUUCACCUUGCGGCUCAAGAGGGACACACCGACAUGGUGACGCUGCUCAUUGGCCACCGGGCCAAUGUGAACCUAAAGUCAAAGAACGGCCUGACGUGUUUGCACUUGUGCGCCCAGAAUGACCGCGUCAAGGUGGCCUCUAUACUGGUGAAACACGGCGCCAAUGUGAACUCGCAGACAAACGAGGGCUACACGCCGCUGCACGCCGCCUGUCACUUUGGUCAGAUGAACAUGGUGCGCUUUCUGCUGCAGCACGGCGCCGAUGUGAACUCCGUCAACGCCCACGGCUACACUGCCCUGCACCAGGCCGCACAGCAAGGACACACGCAGAUUGUCAAUCUGCUGCUGGAGCACCACGCCUCGCCCAAUGUCAUCACCCACCAGGGACAGACGGCGCUGUCCAUUGCCCAGCGACUCGGCUACAUCUCCGUGGUGGAGACGCUGAAGGUGGUCACCGAGACGAUCAUCUCCACCACUACUACCACCACCAUCGAAGAAAAGUACAAAGUGGUGACGCCCGAAGUGAUGCACGAAUCGUUUAUGAGUGAUUCAGAGGACGAAGGAGCCGAAGAGUUGUUAGGCGACAAGCUCGACUAUCGAUAUCUGACGGCUGAUGAGAUGAAGUUUUUGGGCGACGACUCGCUUCCGAUUGAUGUCACCAAGGAUGAGCGUUUCAAUGACACUUUCGGCCGAGACUCUCUGGCGCCCAUAACCAUCGACGAGGAACUGCUUUCACCGCAGUACUUUGCAAUGACUGAAUCCUACGUGAACGCCCUCACCCCCGACAACAUCGCCAUCUCAAAGGCACCCGUCACCGCUGGAUUCUUGGUCAGCUUCAUGGUGGACGCCCGUGGCGGGGCAAUGCGUGGCUGUCGUCACUCGGGCGUUCGGGUGAUCAUCCCGCCAAGGAAGGCGCCCAUGCCGAUGCGCAUCACCUGUCGGUACGUCAAGCGAGAACGACUCGCACAUCCACCGCCCCUCAUGGAGGGAGAGGCCUGUGCCUCGCGCAUCCUCGAAGUGGGCCCUGCCGGCACCAAGUUUCUGGGACCGGUCAUCAUUGAAGUGCCGCACUUUGCGUCACUUCGCGGCAAAGAGCGCGAGAUUAUCAUUCUGCGCAGCGACAAUGGCGAAACCUGGCGAGAGCACACGCUGGAGGCAUCGGAAGAGGCGGUUCUUGAGGUGCUCAACGCUAGCUUCGACGGUGACAACGACGUGAACACCCUGGACGACUUCAACAGCAAUCGAAUCACGCGAAUUCUCACCACCGACUUUCCGCAGUACUUUGCCAUCAUCACCCGCAUUCGCCAGGAGAUUCACGCAAUCGGCCCCGAAGGAGGAAUCCUUAGUUCCACAGUAGUGCCCCAAGUGCAAGCCAUUUUCCCCGAAGGUGCUCUAACCAAAAAGAUUAAAGUCGGACUCCAGGCUCAGCCGAUCCCCAAUGAGUUGUUAACCAAGAUGUUGGGCAAUCGCGUUGCCGUGUCGCCCAUUUGCACCAUUGAGCCUCGCCGUCGAAAGUUCCACAAACCGAUCACCCUGACGAUUCCCCUGCCCCAGGCGGCCACUCGUGGCAUGAUUAACCAGUACUCCGGGGAGACGCCCACGCUGCGACUGCUCUGCAGCAUAACAGGCGGUCCCUCAAAGGCACAGUGGGAAGACGUGACCGGCUCUACGCCGCUGACCUUUGUCAACUCGUGCGUCUCCUUCACGACGACCGUGUCGGCCCGCUUCUGGCUGAUCGACUGUCGGGAGAUCAACAACGCCACCAAAUACGCCUCCGAGCUUUACCAAGAGUCGAUUCACGUUCCCUUUAUGGCCAAAUUUGUCGUCUUUGCGAAGCGGCACGAACCAAAUGAGUCACAACUGCGCGUCUUCUGCAUGACCGACGACAAGGAGGAGAAGACGCUGGAGAACCAGGAGCACUACACCGAGAUUGCCAAGAGCCGUGACGUGGAGGUGUUGGAGCACAAACCACAGUUCAUCGAGUUUGCCGGCAACAUCGCUCCGGUGACCAAGUCGGGCGAGCAGCUGUACCUCAUCUUCACUGCCUUCCGCGAGAAUCGACUGCCAUUUACGAUCCGCGUGAAGGACCCCAGUCAGGAGACGGCCGGUCGCAUUGCCUUCAUGCGCGACAGUCGCCGACUCAAGUCCGACCAGCCUCAUCAGCCCAUCUGCAAUCUGAACGUAGAGCUGCCGCCGGUGAAGCCCUUUGAAGAGCCGGUCGCCGUCCCGGUAUUGCUCAAUGGCCACCACCGAGCAGUUGAAGAGGAACGAGUUGUGGCGGCGGCUGUCGCCAGACAGAUCAGUCUGGAGAAAGCUCCCGUCAGCAAUGGAUACGCACCGGCACCAGUCAGUCGCACUGAGCAGCUCCAGCCCUCUCGCGAUGAGCCCGAUUUGAUGAAGGAAGCAGAGUCAGCGGAAGAGACGAGCAGCGACACUGCUGGUCGGGUAAAGAGAACAAAGAGUCGCAGCAGCUCCAGCGCCAGCUCUAGCUCUUCAAGUUCCUCUGAUGAUGAGAAGAGGGAGAAGCGUCGUCGUGAGGAGGAGCUGAAGCGUGAGGAGCGAGCUAAUCAGUAUCUCGACUUUCUGAAGAAGGAAGAUCACGAGGAGAUGGAGGAGCGAGCCGCCAGCCGAGGGGAAAGUGUGGAGACGCAAAAGGAGCUGUACGUUGUUAAGGAGGAAGUGGCCAUCCCUAGCGACUACCAGAAAGAGUUCACCGUAGAGGUUCCUCGCCAGGAGGCGGUGAAUGAGUCGUGGCAGUCAGUGGAGCAGGACACCAGUCAGGUGUCCGUCUCGAGCUUACCCGAGGACGAAAAGUCGGAGCCUUCAUCGGUGACGGUGUCCAGCACGACGACCACCACUGGUGGUGAGCAGCCAGCAGUGGGCGUCUCCAUCACCGAUGAGCCCAAGAUGGAGAUGAUUGUCGAGCAGAGGGGUUCAGUUGUGCUCGAAGGUCAAAGUGCUCAAAUCAGUGAUGUCAAUCAACCACUAUUCUCUAACGAUGAUGCUCAGUGGUCAGAUGGUCAGGCUAAACGGUCGGCUAAAGAUGGUGCUGACACUCAGUCUCAAAGUGCGGUUUCUCGAGAAGUAGUCGAGAGGGAAGUUCAGUCACAGGCGCAAACUGCUUCGGUUGCUUCGGUUCAAACAGUGCCAGCUUGCUUAGGUCAUCACGUGACAGCGCUCAGCAGCGUCAACACCGCCCCCACCACCACCACUGCGCCCACCUCCUCAACUGCUCAAACUUUGUCAGUUGAUGAUCAGUCCCUUCCGGUGGUCUACGAUCACGGCGAUGAGUCAAGCGGCGACGAAGUCUCCGACGGCAUUCUCCUUGCUCACUCUGAGCACCAGGAUGCAGUCAAUCUGUCAGAUAUAAGGCGAGAGGCAGUGGUCAUUGCCAAUACUAUUGUUGAGAAGGCCAAGGAAGAGUUGAGCAAACAGCAGCAAAUGGGGCAGCGAGUGCAGUCCACUUCACUGGAGAUCUCCGAUGAAGAGCUUGUGGAGAAGGGCGACCAGGAUCUGAUGGACAAGGAGACGCUGCAGUACACUAUGCAGCAGAGUAGCAGUGCACCGGUGGAGUCUUCUCCGACUGAUGAUCAGCGGCCACAACUGAUGCCAACGUCGCCUCCAACGACGGCAGACACCGCCACCACCCCAACAACGAAACAACAAGUGAGCCUGAUUGAGGUGCCUAAAGAGGACGCCAAUCUGGUGAUGAUCUCCUCCUCUGAGAGCUCCCAGCAGAUCUCAGAGACGUCCAGCACGCGCACCACCAACACCACCAACUCCAGUCGACCGACUUCGAGUGAGUACGAUCUGACGAUCAUCCCUGAGGCGGUGUCCUCUCCCUCGACGACGACCACCUACCAGACGGCGGCGACGACUCAGUCGACCAAUCAGUCGUACGUGACGGCGGCCACCAGCCAGGAGACCUCCUACUUCACGGCGCAGUCCAGCCUCAGCGGCAAGACCAGCUCACAGUCGAUAGAGAACGACAGCUCGGCGAACCUGGGCGAGCUCUCCUCCGAUGCGAGCGAGACCAUCGUCCUGGGCGACAAUGAUAAUGCCACUUCGUGCCACUCUGAUGAUGAUGACGCCGGUGAGCCGGCGAACGAGUUUGAGGAGCACUACCAGCGCACCAGUCAGCUGAACACCGACUCGGUGGAGCCCUUCAACUGUGAUAUUCCCCUGUCCUUACUGAAGAGCACGUCCAGAGGGAACACGGGGGAGCAGGACAACUGGGAGCUGGUGCCCAAUGAGAUGUCCUCUUCCGGGUACAUGUACACGCUGCCCCACUCCACUGAACAGCAGGCGGCCAACGGCGGUAAGAUGAACCUCACAGACUCAUUUGUGCUGCUCGACGAUUCAGGGCCGCAGUCGCAGACGCAGACAGGGGGAGAAAGUGGUGGUAGUGGUGGUGGUCAGUUGGAAGACUUCACCUACCUCGAUUACGGUCAGAACGCUUUUGGACUGGACAAGAAUCUGUACACGCACGUCGAGGUCGACGAGGAGGGCUCGGAGGAUAACUUUGAGCUGAAAAAGUCCAGCCUCGUGCAGUCGUCUCCGUUGAGUUUGGCGAGCAAAACUGAAGCAGAGUCGUCCUCUACCUCCUCAUCGCUGAGGGAGUUUGAGCGCAUCGAGUCGGACCUGAUCAGAGAUCGCGCCGACUGGUCGCAGUCGAGUGGCGGUGGUGGCGGUGAUUUCUCGGUUGACUCUAGGCAUCUAGAGUCUGCUAAACUGGAGAAAACGGCCGCCACCUCUUCCUUCUCUGAAAGCCUCCUCGACACUUCGCUGGCCGACGCCGAGGACAACAAUGAGAGUCUCAACUCUGAAGUGAGCCAGGACACGAUCACCUGCAUAAAGAACGACCCGCUGGAGCAGUUUACCACUAGCUCAAAGGUGACCACCGCCAGCCUUGAGACGGUCACAAAGUUGAAGACCUUCUCAAAGAGUCUCGACACUGAACACUACCAGCACCAGGGGGUGACGAAGAAUGUGAAGGACUCGAUGGCGGAAAUGUUUGAUCCUCUCUUUGAGGAGCCGAAAAGAGUGCACUCAGUGGACAUUGUUCCCUCUUCGCUUCUCGACGAUGACGACGCCGACGAGCUUCAGCCUAAGGCCACCAAGGUGGUCACAAAGAUGUCUUCACUGACCGACUCCUAUGACCAGCAGUCGUCGACCAGCGACGCCGACCAGCGCUCCGGUCCGAUGCUGGCCUCCUUCACCAGUGAAACCUCUGACCGGUCGCUAAUGAAGGACAGCUUCUUUGCGCUGGGCGGCGAGCCGGUGAGCGAGGCGAUGCUGGCCAGUGUGGACUCGGCUGGCGGCAAUCCAGUGCUCGAGUGCGACAUUUUCACUUCCGACUCACUUGAAUCGAGCAUGAUCGCUUCCACUGGUGACUUGCAGUGCGACCAAGUCGACCAGCAGGGGGCUCAGCAGCCGCAGCCAGCAAUCUCACAACCGAACGGAAGCUUCAAUUCGGAUGAAGUCACUCGUGAAAUUGUGCAAUCGACCGAGUCGAACAAUGCAACGAUCACCACUGAGACCGUGUUCGAGGAUGGCCACAAGACGCUGACCGAAACGACGGCCACAGUUGAGCAGCCACAGGCAGAGCAGCCCCAGCAACAGCAGCAGCAGGAACCGAGUCGCAAGGAGUCCAUUACCUCCACCUCUUCAUCCUCUUCCUCCUCCUCAUCGUCGUCACAUUCAUCAGUGAAGCACAACUAA